UUGAAAAUAUAUGACAUCUUCACUUUCAAUGCAGUAUUCAUGCAUUUUCUGAUUACAUUUACUCUUUUCUUAUUUCAACCAAGUAAACAGAUCGUACGCAUGCUUGUGAGUACGCACAUCUGAACAACAAGAUUAAUCGUGUUUGACAUAACAGUAUUUGCGGAUCGCUUUUUCUGCGUUUACGCAACGUGCCGAAGAAACGGCACUCGUAAUCCAUAAUACGAUUAUCCGGCGGAUAAACGUUGCAUCGUGACGGUCUCAACUUUCCUCUGACAGCUUAAUUAUCGGCAUUACUUCCAGACAUGCCAUGACGAGAAAGAAGAGGAGCAACGGUGUGGAGAGAAGCGGAUGGUUAUCGUACCGACCGUUGUGGAGAACGAGCCGACCCAGCUAUUUCUACGCCUCCCCUGAUUAUACUUUCGGCAACACCAGGGAUGAAUCUAGUCUCAACUAUCAUUAUGACUUCCGGGACCACGGCAGGCAGCACGACUUGCCGUACAGACAUCGCAUGGCGAGCACGAUACCAUGGUUGCUGUCAAUGUCACUACUGGCUGUCCCAAAAUUUGCGGCUUACACGGGCCCCAAUAUUCUAUCCAGGGAUCUUCAGGCACCCGCAUUGCCGUUAACUCCUUCCAUUUCCACUCCACAUUUUUUUUCCACGCACAACAUCAAUUACAAAGAUUCUUCAUCGGCUUAUGAUGAACACGCCGGCUCGCCACGGAAUUGCGACAACCAGCCGUCGGAGGAAAAAUCGACGGUAUCCACGAACGUAGGCAAACUUUACGGAUCGACGCCGCGAUCGCGGCAUCACGUUGCUACAUCGAAUCUGGGACGAAGCGGCCCUUCGAGACCCGUUGGAAGAGCCAUCGACAUGUUUCGCGCGGAUCCUCACUCGGUCAAUCAACUGGACUUUCAUGAUUUCGGCGACGGCUUCGAGCCGGGACGCAUCAUAGACGACUACGUUGGUCCCGCUAUGGAACUAGUGUACGCGUGGUCCACGAUUGAUUUUGAAUUCGACAGUAUCGACGCGCGAGAUAAUGCUAUAUUCGAGGGCGACUACAUCGCGGAGAAUAACUUGCCCCUGGGCCUGGAGGUUUGGCGCGAUAAAGUCUUCAUUACUCUGCCAAAAUGGAAGACCGGCAUACCGGCGACUUUGGCUACCGUGCCCAGACAUUCCAAGACGAGGAACCCGAAAUUAAGACCGUACCCUGACUGGCACUGGCAUCGACCAGGAAGCUGCGAGAGUUUAACGUCAGUCUUUCGAGUUCAAGUGGACGAGUGCGAUCGACUGUGGGUCCUCGACUCCGGCAAGACGGAGCUCGCCAAAAGAUCCCAACAGGUCUGCCCGCCCGCCAUACUCAUCUUCGAUCUACGCACCGACGCUCUCAUCAGGAAGUAUACCUUGCCGGACGAGCAGAUCAAACAGGACUCCCUGUACAUCAACAUCGCGGUGGACGUCAGAAACAACGACUGCGGCGCCGCAGUGGCGUACUUGGCCGACGUCUGGCGAUACGGUAUUGUGGUGUACGACUUCUACAAGGACUCCACCUUCAGAAUUGAGCAUCACUUCUUCUAUCCCGAUCCCCUGGCAGCCAGAUACGAGCUGCACGGUAUCAAGUUCCAAUGGACCGACGGAAUAUUCGGAAUGGCGCUCAGUCCCGUGGACAUUCACAACGACAGAACGCUCUUCUUCCAUCCGAUGUCCAGCUUCCGGGAGUUCGCCGUGUCCGCGUCGGUCUUCAACGACCAGCGACUCGCGGAAUACAACACGGAGAAGUUCAUGCCCGUCGGGAAACCCAGGGCCAAGGACUAUGGCCAUUCUUCGGGGUCCGCCAUCGACAAGAACGGCGUCAUGUUCUUCAACAUGGUCACCAGGGAUUCCGUGUGGUGCUGGGACACCAGGAAGGAGCACAUCCCGCAGAAUCUGGGGGUGAUUGGGACUAGCAACGAGUCCUUGGUGUUUCCGAACGACAUUAAAGUGGACCACGAACCGGAUCAAAGUGUGUGGCUGCUCUCAAACCGACUGCCCAUGUAUUUAUACGGGACCCUGAAUAGCGGGAGUAUUAACUACAGAGUGUUCAAGGCGAACGUUAAGGAGGCUGUCAGGGAUACCGUCUGCGAUCCUAAUUACGUAGUUCCUGACUCGGACCCGGGCCUCGACGAUACUUGCUGAGAAAAUUCUAAUCACACACCUCAUGUUAAAUUCAUUCUCUCUAAUUGGAUUUCUCGGCAUCGAAAUGUCUCUUAUUUUAAAAUCUAAGCAUCGAAGUCUCCAGCGCAUUAAACAUCAAAUUGUUCAGAGAGACCUUCUUUUCUUAAGUUAUUCCGUUUAUUUAUUGCAUUCCUGAUUACCGCCGAUUGUAAACUGUAUACAAUAUGAUUGUAAACUGCUUGUUUAGCACAAGCACGUUAUUUCAAUAUUCCUACUACUAUAAGCAGUGCAAGUCUUCCGAGUUACCAAUGAUUAGACAAUUUUAUAUAUAUAUAAUUUUUAGCAUAAAUCUAUUUUGUACAUACAUAACUGUAUUUGUAUCAAACUCUUUUACUAGAUAUAUAAAAUUAUGUCUGAUAAAAGUAAAA